GUGACCAAUGUUUGCAUGAUGACCCCCAUCUUGGGAGCUGCUCCUAGAUCCCAUGAAGAUAUGGACAACAUUGCUGUGUCAGAAAUACGGUGGAGCCUUGUAGUUGGGUGCAUAUUGUAAAAUGUUUCCUCACUCCAAAACCAUGAACUCUGGUUUCCUAAACCCUCAAGCUAUGCAGCCGAAGGAGGAGACUUAUCACAGGAGAAUCACUAAUAAUUUUGAAGAAGUGAAGAGCUUAACAAUGUUUCAACCAACACCUAAAGAAGCUUUCACUUGGCUGUUAGAUCAAGGGCUGGAUACAGAAAACAGUAAUCCUUGUGAUGGCAGUAUUGUCCAAGGAUUCCUCACUCAAAACCAUGAUAACAAGUUGCUAGAACCCUCAAGCUAUGCAGACAAAGGACUGGAUAUAUUUUUUCGUGACCAAGCCUUCUGUAUAAUUAUUUAUACUUAAACCAUACAAAGCACUAUCUAGCCCCAAAGUAGGCAUACAGAGUAGCUUGUGUUGUGGGUACUAAGAUAGUUGAUAUUAUAAUAUUCAUUUACAUUUAUAUACUACCUAUAAAUACUUAUAUAAUGUAUAAAUACACACACACUGGAAAAAACCCAUGCUCUUCACACAAAUAUUUUCCAGGUGUGGGAAUCGAACCCAUGACCGUGGAUGCAGGAGCACUACUUACUGCGCCACGCGUAUGUGUUUUUAUUUUGAAGCAAAUUAUUAAAGUUGAUAAUUCAAAUUGUA